CCGCUUCGAACUAUGACUACAACAAACUGAAUUGACUGGCUGCCCGGCUUCCCGCAGAACUAUUCGCGUUAUUCCAGCUUCUUGAUUUGGGUCUCGUCUCCUCUAUCGUUAACUAAUCUCUUGUCGUCGUUCUCUGGCUCCCUGGCUCCCUUGUUCCGCUACCCUUGGUAAGCUGCGCGCCCUUCCGCCUCGUCAUUGUGUCAAGAGCCCCUCUUUAGACGCAUUAUAUAUAUAUCUGCAUUGAACUUGAGAACUGCCCCGCGUCCCGCUCCGUCCAACUACACACUCUUUGAGCUCUCUACACAGUCAUGUCUCCUCCUUCCGCCGUUGAUAUUGAGGCUGUGAGAGAUACUGAAGCCAUUGUGCUCCCAGAUCCAUUGACCGUCAGUGGCGUUGCGGCACGACGGGCCAAGGCGGGCAAGUUGGUAGCAGGCACCGCAUCAUAUGCUUCCAGCGAGUCCUUCAAGAGUCCUGCACCCGGAAAACCAAAAGCCAAGAGAUUCGACCAUCUCCUUAGUCUCGAGAGCAGAUCGAGAAAGCCUUCGAGCUUGAAAGGUGCGGCCAAAUUCCUGAAGGAUCCAAACUUGAUCUCUCUGGGAGGAGGGUUACCAUGUGCCGAACACUUCCCCAUUGCAGAACUGUCAAUCAAGGUUCCCACACCUCCACAUUUCUCCGAGGAGGAUACAAAGCAGUCGGGUGUGACACUGAACGCUGGGAAAUAUGACGUUUCUGAAGGAAGUAGCAUAUACGACCUCUCAAUCGCCCUGAAUUAUGGCCAAGGGACCGGCUCAGCACAAGUCCUUCGAUUCGUGACCGAACACACCGAGAUUGUCUGCAACCCACCAUACCAGGAUUGGCAGUGUUGUCUUACCGUGGGUAGCACUGCGGCUUUAGAACAGGCAUAUCGCAUGUUCUGCGAAAGAGGGGACUAUGUUUUAUCCGAAGAAUAUACCUUCGCCUCAGCUGUUGAGACCGCAGCUCCCCUCGGGGUUAAGUUUCUCGGCGUCAAGAUGGACUCCGAGGGUCUCCUGCCGGAAAGCCUGGAUGAGAUCUUGAGCAAUUGGGACGUGAAGGAGAGAAAAGCCAGAAAGCCAUUCCUCCUUUACACAGUCCCUACCGGUCAGAACCCCACUGGUGCAACACAAGGAGUAGAGCGACGAAAGGCAGUCUACAAGGUCGCGCAAAAGCACGACGUCUAUAUCAUUGAGGAUGAGCCUUACUACUUCCUCCAAAUGCAGCCCUACACCGGAGCCGGCGCCCCUCCUGUUCCCCCACCAGCGAACCACGAGGAAUUCCUCAAAGCGCUGGCCCCAACCUAUCUCAGCAUAGACGUCGACGGACGAGUUAUGCGUAUGGAUUCCUUCUCUAAGGUUAUCGCACCUGGAACGCGAGUCGGCUGGAUCACCGCAUCCGAGCAGAUCGUCGAGCGUUUCAUCCGCCAUAACGAGACGUCCAUCCAGAAUCCCAGUGGGCUUUCUCAGAUGGUCCUGUACAAGUUGCUAGAUGAGGGCUGGGGCCACGGUGGAUACCUUGACUGGUUGAUCGAUCUCAGACUCGCAUACACAAAGCGACGAGAUGGCCUUCUUGCCGCAUGCGAGAAAUUCUUGCCCACCGAUCUAAUCAGCUGGAACCCACCCGCCGCCGGCAUGUUCCUAUGGCUCAAAGUCAACUGGCAAAAGCACCCCGCCGCCAAAACCAAACACAUCCUCGACAUCGAAGAGGAGAUCUUCCUCGCCGCCGUCGAACGCGGCGUCCUCGUCUCCCGAGGAAGCUGGUUCCUAGGCGAGAAGAACACGGAUGUUGCGCCGACCGACAUGUUCUUCCGCGCUACCUUCGCGGCUGCUACUGAAGAGAAGAUGUCCGAAGCUAUCGAGCGCUUUGCUGAGGCUGUUAAGGAGAGUUUUGGCGCUAAAUAAAAUCUUUAUCCUACCCUAGGUACCUAUAGAAAGACAGGUUGGAGAUCAACGUCGUCGCUAGCUAGCUAGCUGAUUGAGUAGGAUAAUCAGAGGAGACCUAUUAGUUAGUUCCUAGAUCUAGAAUGCGUGUGGUUCUUGUUCUUUGGUUUGGUUUGCACUUGCAUAGGUAUUAGGUAGAUCAUCAGUCAAUCAAUCAAUAUCCUCUCAACGU